AGGAACGAUUUUGUGGGGCAACCACAGACCAUAAUGAUCAUAUGGUAUAUGUGUCUUUGUUAUUUAUCCGUCAGAUAUUUUUACAAGACUCUGUCUCUUUUCAAAAAUACGCCAAGUGGUUCAAGAGUUUACGGUUGAAUAAUGCUCAGUUCAGCUUUCUCUUCCAAUGUUUAACAAGGAUUGUGCCCUAUGAGCCUCCCUUGUGCUUGAAAAUUCACAUCAAUGAGUUCCCGAAUGUGCCAUGUCGGACGACAGUUUCGGAUUAUAACUUGCUUGUAAAAACUCGACUCAUGGACCUAAAGGAAACUAUGGAGUACCAAGGAAUAUUCUAUCUCUCAGAUAAGAGUGGGCAGAAAGCAGAUCUCCGGAAAAUCAUAUCUCAUUUUGUCGAGACUGGAGAAGUAGCAAAAUUACUAAUCGAAGCAUCUGUUUUUCGAAGGCAGUAUUUCAACAAUGUGUUUCUACCCUACCUGCUUGGUAGCGAAAGUGAAGAUCUUGAGGGGAAAACAAAAUUCAUUGAGCGUUUGAACAAACAAGGCUUAAUUCCGUCCUUCCGUUACGUACAGUGGCAAAAAUCUCUACGCAACAGAUCAUGAAGGUUAGUUUUAGUUUCAGCCAAGGGGAUUUCCUUGUUGAAAACUUGAUAAGAAUACAGGUGCACUGGCCUAUUAAACUGGAGAAAGAAAGAACCUAUCAGUAAUUUUACUUAAUGUUGCAAAUUUCUGCAUUGAAUGUGGUAUUUUUUCUGUUUUGUUUAUUGUUUUCUCCUCUUACUGUCAUUCCUAUUCUUCUGUGGUACAAAAAUUGUCAACUUAUUGUUAAUAUCCCUCUUAAAAUGGUAGCAACUGGGCUGGCAGAUGAUGCUCCAUAACCCUAAGCUUACUCUAUAGCGACAAUAAAUGAUCAAUAGAUUAAAACGGAACUACUAUGUCAGUUGUGGUAUAUUAAGUUCGCUAAAUACAUUCCCACUGAGAGUUACACCUACUCAAUAAUUAUUUUUUAAUUUUAAGAAAAAUGUUUAGACACAAAGUGCGUGACCAGGCACAAAGUGUGUAAUAGUAUACCUAGAGUAAUGAAUUUCAUUUCUGUGAUAAUUAUGAGAAACUUCUAAUAGUAACUUUCACGAUAGUUCGUGACUUGAUGAUUGUGUUAAUAUGUAAUAUGUAAUAACUUUGUUUAAGUUUAUGAAAUGUUAUUUUUUUCCAGUUGAAGUUUAUUUAAUAGCUGUGAUAAUUAUGAGGAACUUUAAGCAUUUAUGAAGUUUCAUAAUAAGAUUGAUUUGAUCAUAGUUUUAAUUUAAAUUUUAAUAUUUUUUUUUAAAUCAUCAUAGCAAAUGUGUCUUUUUCGGGAGUAAAUUUGCAUUUAUAUCAAGCCAGUUUAGCACUUCUUUGAAAAUACGUGAGUUUGCUGGGACAUUUUGACUUACUCUUGCAUGCUAAGCAGAUCUGCAGCAUUCUCGGCAAAGUCUGACCUUUAUUCAAUAAUAAACUCCAAAUUUCUGUUACAGAAAUUUUGUCUCGUGAAGUCAAGAUUUUCAUUAGGAUUUCGUUCAAGAUGAAUUGGUACAUUUUUAUACCUUCUUUUUCUGGGUAUUUUAUACAUAGUUAGUCAUGAAUCUAAAACAUUCAUUUAUCUGAUUAAUCAGCUAAUUAUUGUUGAAUGAAACCUUUGUAAUGAAGUUCAAAAUUAAUGUUUUUUUCUGUCUUAGUAAUACUUGUUGAUAAUACUGGUAGGGGGGGGGGGGGGAAUUAUUCGCUUACUUUUCUUUAUUUUGAUGAAAGCAUUUUCUAAUUUUUAAAGGAUAAAAAAUGUUUUAUUUGAAGCUUCGUUUUCCUCUAGAUGGAAGUGUUGCGUUAAGAAAACAAAACCAGCAUAACUCUCGUUCUCAAUAAGUGCAACCACUAAUGUUGUCUUCAAAUCAUUACAGAGGCUAAAUUUUUUUUUUUUUUUUCAUUGAAUCUUAUGGAAGAAUAAAACUUACUUUUCUCUGUCUUGA